UCUGCAUUGGAUGGAACAGGUGAUCCGACCUAUUAAGCCGGGCGGGGAAGAGGGAAGAAAAGGUGCCCUUUCCGAUUCCGGGAAGGGGUUUUCGUCCUCUUCUCUCUAUUUGGCACGUUUCGAUCGCUCGAAGCGCCGUGGUCUCCAUCAGAUCGCCACGGUACUUAUCACGGUGGACCUGCACUGCUGCACCUGCUCCAAGAAGAUCAAGAAAGCUCUGUGCAAGCUCCAAAACCGGUUCAACAUCGAAUCAAUCGUCUACGACCAGAAGAAGAACACCAUCACAGUAUCCGGCCCCUUCAACCCUGACUGCUUCAUCAAGAAGAUUCGCUGCCUCGCCUGCAAGGUGAUCAUAUGUGUCCAGAUCAAGCAGAAGCAGAAACCCGUAACUCCGCCACCGCCACCGCCACCGCCACCGCCGCCUAAGGUGGAUGUGAAUUUAGGCGUGUGUGUUUACCCGGGGUGGCCCAACUGCUGGGUCUACGACGGCGUCUGCGACGGCCUCCCGCCGCCCGCCUUCUGCCGUCCCUGUCGCGACGGCUACAAUAUCAUCGUCGAGCAGGAGCCUUGUCAGUCCUGCUCUAUUAUGUAAUUUCCUAUACGUAUAGUUAUUCUCGUUGCAAGAUGUUAUUGGGUAACAGUAAUAGAUAACGGAUAAGAAGGCGGACUGAGGUAAACGUCAUGUGACUUCCUCUGUCAGCAACGUACGUAAUAUAAUAUUUGAUGAUAUAUAUGUCUAUGCUGUUAUCUCUCAGUCGUCGCAAUACGAUGUUUAUAUAGAGAUUUUGGUUUA